AGUGUCUCUCUGAGUGUUGAUCGAGUCGGAGUGCUCGCAUCUCCCUUCCUGGAAUAUUGCGUAACAGUGUUAUAGGAUUUGUUAGAAAAAGUUGCUAGAAAUGAAAAAUAAACUGCAGAAUUUUGUGCCAAUUUUAGGAUUAUUGAGUGUCUUUGGAAAUGUGGAAGCAUCUUCACCAACAGGCAUUAAACCGAUAUGGAAUGCCACCUGGACAGACAAGCUCAAGAGAGAUCUGUUCAGGACUUAUGAUAAAUUUGCAAGGCCAGAAGAGUACUACAACACAACUAAUGUUGAUAUUGGCUUAACUGUCCUUCAUAUCACUGUUGAUGAGACGAAAUCCACAAUGACUGUCCAUGGAUGGAUAAAAUUUAAAUGGAAUGAUCCCAAGCUUCAUUGGAAUGCGUCAGAUUAUGGAGGAUUAACUACCAUCCACGUGGCUGAUCAUGAAAUCUGGCAGCCAGACGUUGUUCUCUACAACAGUGCUGAUGGAAAUUCUGUAGAUCACUAUGCCAACACUCACUCAAUUCUCAAUAGCAAUGGGGAUGUGGUAUGGGUUCCUCCAUGUCAAUUGACUGUCUUCUGUGCAAUAGAUUUGGAAUACUGGCCUCAGGAUCAACAUAUCUGCAGAAUAGUUAUUGGAUCCUGGACAUAUGACGGAAACAAGCUCAAUCUACGCAUUUUUGAAGGCGAGGGCAUUACGCUGGAACCCUAUCUACACAAUCACGAAUGGAACAUUGUGGACACAAGUAUAAAACGCAAUGAAAAGAUCUACACAUGCUGUCCAGAGCCCUAUGUCGACAUUUCCUACAAUCUUACGAUUGUUCGUAGAUCUCCCAUGUACAAGGCAAUUGUUGUGACUCCAGUCACUGUAAUUGUCCUCCUGACUCUUGCCACCUUUUGGCUACCAUCGAAUGCUGGUGAAAAGAUCCUCCUAAAUGGCGUGAUUGCUGUUGUUAUCUGUGUCUUCCAGUUCUAUUUAUCCACCCUCAUUCCCGCCAUGGUCUUCAAUACUCCCCUAGUGGUGCACUUCUUGAACUCUUGCCUCUAUCUCGUCGGAUUCUCCACCUUGAUCGCUGUGACUGUGCUUAGUUUGUCUCGCAAUAAAUACGCUUCCACAAUGCCUUGGGCAAUCAAAUCAACCCUUGAUGGAAGAUGUGGAAAGGUCCUGGGAUUGCAUAUCUUACAGGUUCAACCGAAUAUUCAGCAACGCAGCGAAGAAUUGAGAGAGCCACCUUUUGAAGAAAACAACGCUCCUGAUGACCGACACAUGAUUCAUCCCGUGACCAAGAGUUCUAGCCAGCAUGAUUGGGCUAUUCUGGCUACAGCUAUCGACAGAAUUGCAUUUAUCAUUUACUGCUUCAUUUACAUUGGCCUGGCAUCAAUCUACUGCGUUUAAAUUCCUGCGUAAACUUUGUCACUUGCCUAAUAAAUUCUCUUAUCACUUUCAUCACAAUUAUGCUAACAUCUACUAUUGCCAAAAGAUUUUAACUCAAUUUUUACAAAUAAAACGUUCUUUUUAAUUGCUGAAAAA